AUGUUCCUUCUGCGUUGGCUCUUCGUCACCUUCAUGUCGUCCUUCGUUUUGGCUGACGUCAACGAUGCCGUCGAUCGUCUGAUAGCCGCCCUUCCAGGACAGGUCCAAACUAAUGAUAUUCCCCCACCAUAUAACACACGAUUUGAUGAAGCCAAUGGUUACGAUCCAGCCGCUAUGGUUUACGUGUCUUCAGCUGAGGAUAUUAUUAUUGCCUUGAAGAUCUGUUACGAGGAAGAUACUCCUGUAGCUCUGAGGAGUAAUGGUGGCCACUCUUAUAUCGGACAAUCUACAGUCAACGGAGGUGUCAUCAUCAACUUCUCGGAAUUGAAGAGUUUCGAUGUUACUUAUGAUGAUGAUGGUCGAUACGUCGCUAAGAUGGGCUCUGGUUUGAUGUUGUUGGAAGUGUACUCGAGGCUUGCUCGUCAUGACCCCCCACUAGGAUUGGCUGCAGGCUCUGGUUCUUCCGUUGGUUUAGCUGGUUUAACCUCUGGUGGUGGCCAUGGUCUGUCUUCUGCUAUGUAUGGUGUCACAUCUGAUAGAAUUGUUGCUGCUGAGGUUGUGGUCUACAAUCGUGAGAAUGGUCGGUUCGAAUUGGUUACUGCUACCGGUUACAAUGAGUAUUCUGAUCUUCUCUUUGCUGUCCGUGGUGGUAUGGGUGGUAACUAUGGUGCAUUAGUUUCACUAAGUUAUGACGCCUUCCCUGUCACUAAUGUGGUUAUUAUUUCCGGUAAGAACUUCGAUUCGAAUCCUUCCUUACAAGCUCAGAGGAUUAAAGCCUUUCAAGAAUUUAUGCACUCCGAUGCUGCCGGUCCUGAGAUAUUCGGAAUCGGUAAAUUCUUAGGCGGCGGUGGGAUUCAGUACAGCGCUCAGUGCAUCUGUGAUGAUGUUACUGGUGAUUGUACGGUCUGUCAUAGUAAAUUGGAUGCGAUGCAAGCUGCCGUCGGCCUGGCUAAUCCUCUACGUGUCGAGCAAGACUUUGGAAAGGCCAUGUGGUACUGGGCUGAUUGCACUUCCGAUUCUUGGAUGGACUUCUACCCUUCUGAUGGUGUAGCUAACUGCAGUGAGGAGGAUCUCCAAGAUGCUAUGGAAAAGUGUUGGUCAUUUGAUAGAGAUGUUUACGGUGGCCCCUAUAAGGCGAAGUCCAUCUACUUCCCCAAGGAUAUGAGCAUUGAAACUUUGGAGUAUCUCGCUCAAGCCUCGGUCGACCCAGUGUGUCAAAAUGCUGGUGAUUGUGUGAUGCUCUUAGACUUCUACGGUCAUGCCAUGUCAGAAGAGCCCGAAGACUGUGACCCAAGUGCUGGCAAGUGUACCUCUUUCGAUCAUCGAACGCCCGGGUGGCACCUGCAAAUGUUGGCUAUUUGGGAUAAGGAUGAGCCAACUCCCACUGACAAACUUGCAUGGAUUCAGCAGACUUAUGACUCGGUCUUUCCAGUGUCGCUCGGUGAAGCCUUUCAGAAUUACAUCGAUUCUGACUUGGCUGAAGGCCGUGAGUGGAUCAGUCAGUAUUUCCCUAAUGCGGAUACUUAUCCAAGACUUCAACAAGUGAAGUGUCGAUAUAAUGGGAUUGACAUGUUCAACUUUGCGGCCAUUGACCUGAUGACUAUUGAUAUUGAUGACGACAUAUGCGGAGUAGAUACCACUACGACUACUGAGGUCCCUACCACUACGACUACUGAGGUCCCUACCACGUCGACUACUGAGGUCCCUACCACGUCGACUACUGAGGUCCCUACCACUACGACUACUGAGGUCCCUACCACUACGACUACUGAGGUCCCUACCACUACGACUACUGAGGUCCCUACCACUACGACUACUGAGGUCCCUACCACUACGACUACUGAGGUCCCUACCACUACGACUACUGAGGCCCCUACCACUACGACUACUGAGGUCCCUACCACUACGACUACUGAGGUCCCUACCACUACGACUACUGAGGUCCCUACCACUACGACUACUGAGGUCCCUACCACUACGACUACUGAGGUCCCUACCACUACGACUACUGAGGUCCGUACCACUACGACUACUAGGGUUUCUACUACGAAAACAUCUUCGCCCUCAAAUGACUGUGAGGAGGCUGAUAGGAAGUGCUCACAAGGCUACUCUGGCUCGUUUUGCAUGACAUAUAAGCUUCCAACAGUCUGUUGGGGAAGCGAUGAGCCUUGCAGCUGCGAUAAUAUCCCUGCGUCAACAACAGUACCAGCUACUGCAGGUGGAUGCUAUGAGGAGGAUUUGCGCUGUGCCAGUCUGAAGGAUAAUUCCUAUUGCAAAUAUUGGUCUUCUCCUUCCAACUGUUGGGGAACCAACGAGCUGUGCUCUUGCCAAUAA